AUGCUGCACCCUGUAUUAAAUAUAUUAUCGGCUCAACGUCUCGGUGACGGAACGGUAUGUGCAGUAUGGAAUGACAUCGGUAAAGUGCAACUUCUGGAAUUUAACGAAUGCCGUAAACGAAUGCAGCAAGAUGUCAACCAAAGGCAAAGAAGAAAAGCAAAUCCAAGAGAAACCAUGUUCUCUUAUAUCACAAAGAAGGAAGGAUUCGCGCUUGGAUGGUCGGUACUCAAGCAGGGUGAUUUUGCCUCUGGAGAUCAAUCCCGGAAUAUCCACAUAUACAGAAUGCAUGAAGGUGGAACUUGGGUCGUCGAUCAACGUGCUCUCAACGCUCAUUCAGGAUCCGUAGAAGAUGUGCAUUGGUCUCCUACGGAAGAAGGUUUGCUCGCGUCGUGCUCUUGUGAUGGAACUAUCAGGUUAUGGGAUACACGGUCCAGCCCAGCUGAUGCAUGUGUAUGCACAGUAGAAAAGGCUCAUACGUCCGAUGUGAAUGUCCUGUCCUGGAACACGCAUGAACCACUGUUGGUAACAGGAGGUGAUGAUGCCGAGCUGAAGAUUUGGUCCUUAAAAACAAUUCAGAGAUCAUUUUUGUUCUUAUCUGUGUUUGGUCAGCCUGUCGCACGGUUUAAAUACCACUCAGGACCCAUUACUUCAGUGGAGUGGAUGCCACAGGAAUCAACUUGCUUCAUGGCCUCUGGAGAGGAUGAUCAGGUCACCAUAUGGGACAUUGCCGUUGAGGCCGACUCCCAAGAAUCUGUCGAAGGCGUUCCUCCACAGCUAAUGUUUUUGCACCUUGGGCAAAAGGAGGUGAAAGAGGUUCAUUGGCAUCCACAAAUCAAUGGAUUUGCUGUAACAACGUCUCUUGAUGGAUUCAACGUGUUUAGAACUGGCAAAUGGCGUGAAUUCCCUUGCCUACUGGGAUAUAAUUUGAUACCUUCUUGUUUUUUGCUACUUUUUACUGGUUACUGCUUAGUUCUGUUUUGUCUGUUUUGUUUUUGA